UAAGCGUUGCCAUGUGUGCACAAUGUAUUGCCAAUCACCUCCUCCUCUGAAAAAAAAGAAAGCAAGAAAAGAAAAGAAAAUAGAAAGCGGAUGCUGCGAAGCUCCUCGGAAACAUCUCUGGGGGGAUUUUUACCACCUUCUGUUUUGACGAAGUUUGUACUUUCACCCUGACUCAAGUUCAAAGAUCUACGCAGAGAUUUGACCGUGGAGCCUGCACUUGCUCAGCUUAGUUGAACUAGUUAACUCUUUAAUUAAGUUCCCCAAAACGCGCUAGGAGAACAUGGCCGCAGCGAGGAUAGGGUGGCUGUCGCCCCGUAAACUCCGCUUUAGUUUGACCUGGGGACGGGGAGACUCGCUAGCUGUUAGCAGCGGCGGUAUUCCCGUGUUGCGUCCAUUGACCUCUCCCCCUCUGUCCGCCAGAACUAUGGCCGGCCUGAGCUCCACACGAUGCGGACUCCCGAAGGAGAGCGUGACCGAGAACGGUGCCUCGCCCCGGGGCAAGGUGCUGACCAUCGACACCAUGAACCCUACGGUGAAGAUGGUGGAGUAUGCCGUGCGGGGCCCCAUCGUACAGCGGGCCGUGGAGCUGGAGAAAGAGCUCUCUGAGGGGAGGAAGAAGCCGUUCGAGGAGGUUAUCAAAGCAAACAUCGGUGACGCACACGCUAUGGGCCAGCAGCCCAUCACUUUCUUUAGACAGGUGUUGGCACUCUGCUCUUACCCCGAGCUGCUCAACGACGGCACAUUCCCGGAAGAUGCCAAAAGCAGAGCUCAACGUAUUUUGCAGUCGUGCAGCGGCUACAGUAUGGGUUCUUACAGCGCCAGUCAAGGCAUUGACUCCGUACGCCAGGACGUGGCCCGCUACAUUGAGCAAAGAGAUGGUGGCGUGUAUUGCGACCCGGACAACAUUUACCUCACAACGGGAGCGAGCGAUGGCAUUGUGACCAUGCUCAAGCUGCUGGUGUGCGGCGAGGGCACGGCCCGCACCGGCGUCAUGAUCUCUAUCCCCCAGUACCCACUGUACUCGGCGGCACUGGCCGAGCUGGGUGCUGUGCAGAUCAACUACUACCUCAACGAGGAGAAGUGCUGGAGUCUGGACAUCAGUGAACUGCAGCGAGCUCUGGAGGAUGCCAGGAGCUACUGCAACCCCCGGGCGCUGUGCAUCAUCAACCCCGGGAACCCUACUGGCCAGGUUCAAAACAGGAAGUGCAUUGAGGACGUCAUCCGAUUCGCCGCCAAGGAGCGUCUUUUCCUCAUGGCCGAUGAGGUUUACCAGGAUAAUGUGUAUGCUGAAGGCUGCCAGUUCCACUCGUUUAAGAAGGUGCUGUUUGAGAUGGGGCCUGAAUACUCCAACACAGUGGAGCUGGUCUCCUUCCAUUCCACCUCCAAGUGUUACAUGGGAGAGUGCGGCUUCCGGGGCGGCUACAUGGAGAUCAUCAACAUGGACGACGAGGUGAAGGCCCAGCUCACCAAGCUGGUAUCAGUCCGACUGUGCCCUCCAGUUCCUGGACAGGCGCUAAUGGACCUGGUGGUCAACCCGCCGCAGCCUGGCGAGCCGUCAUAUAACCAAUUCCUCAAGGAGCGCACAGCCACGCUAAACGCCUUAGCAGAGAAGGCCAAACUGACGCAAGAGGUUCUGAACACGGUGCCUGGCAUCAGCUGCAAUCCAGUGCAGGGCGCCAUGUACUCCUUCCCUCGUAUCAGCAUUCCAGAGAAGGCUGUCAAAGAAGCCACGGAAAAAGGCCAGCAACCUGACAUGUUUUACUGCAUGAGGCUGUUAGAGGAGACCGGAAUCUGCCUGGUCCCUGGCAGCGGCUUCGGCCAGAAGGAUGGAACCUACCACUUCAGAAUGACCAUCCUGCCUCCUGCAGACAAGCUGAAGAUCCUCCUGAGCAAAGUGAAGGAGUUCCAUCAGAGGUUCACCCAGCAGUACUCCUAAAUGUGUCCUCACACACGCGCUCACUGAAGUGUGCAAAAACUUUUGCCAAAAUCCCCAAUUCCUUGUCACUUUAAAAAGUGCCUUCACGUAGAAUCUCUAUCACUACGUCGCACUUGGGCCGCCUCCACACAUCUGGAUUGUGGUGGACGGUCAACAAAAAAAGGGCACCCUUUGUGUUUUCAACACAAAAACUGGAAAUGGAAGUUGUGUUUUUUUAAGUUUGUCUUGCAUGUGGACAGUAUGUAUGGAAGACAGUCAUAGAAAGACGUGCCAAGGUUUUUUUUCCCUUUUUUAAAAAAAAAAAUGAAGUUACAAAUGAAGAGAAGUUAAUGCUGCUUAAAAAAAACCCACCAAAACGUGAAAAAUUCAUUGCUGCAGGCAGUACGUGACCUAGAGAAUAUGCAGACAACAAAAGUGCUAUUUCCAUUGCAUGACCGUUUAACAAAAUAAAAGUCAUUCUCCACAAC